AUUGAAGUGAAGUAUUCAUUCAUUUCUAAUUGCGAUUGCGAAUGCGCCGCAUGCAAAUGUAACAACUUGACCCAAACUUUGAUAUCGGUUUAUUUGACGCAAUGGGAGUGUUUGAGAGCUUCAACAUUUUACCGUGGUGUCAAAGUAAUCAGCAUUGUUUGGAAUUAGCCAGAAAGAAUAUGAGCAGUGGGAAGGAGACAGCUUCUUUCGCCUUAGGUUUAGUAAGUGUUGUUAUUUGGGUUGUUGCUGAGAUACCUCAAAUAAUCACUAACUAUAGAGCAAAAUCUACUGAUGGUCUCUCUGCAACUUUCUUGAUCACUUGGAUUAUUGGAGAUCUAUUCAACGUAUUUGGGUGCAUGCUGGAACCUACAACUCUCCCAACUCAAUUCUAUAUGGCAGUGCUAUACACCAUUAUAACAGUUUCCCUUGGUUCACAAUCCAUUUACUAUGGAUACAUAUAUCCCCAAUCACAGUACAAGAGACAGCUCAAGGUUGAAACACCAACAAAAGCUGGACAAGUAGAAAAAGUCAGUGAUGCUGAACAGAGUCAUGAGUUUGAUGCUGAACUGAGUUCUCCUAUUCCUUUUCCAGAACACCCUCCAAGUAUAUUUACCGGAAGAGAAGACUUAUUCUACCAUGUCAUGUCAUUGUCGGACGCAUUGGCUCUAAAAUUACUGCUCAGGUAGUAAACACAAGAGGAAAUCUAUGGCGAUGAUCUGGAAUGCGGUUAUUUGGUCACUGUGGCGUUAUCGAAAAAGGGAUAUUUUUGAAAACGGGUUUAUUGAUAUGGCAGGUGUGUUGGAUGAUGUAAAAAUUACCUCUUGAAAAUGGUGGAUAGGAAGAUCGAAAGUAUCUCCGUGUUUGUUCUAUGAAUGGAAUUUGGAACCGGCAGCGAUAUGCAUGACAAG